AUGCAUCACAAAAUCGUGGCUUUGGACGCUUGGAAUGUCCCAAUCCCAGAAGACCUACUUCACCUCCGCGAACCACACACCUACGAGCUUGCAAGCCAUACCAGUCAGCUCUUAUCCACCGAAGCCAUUCAAGAUGCCGUCCGGGACGCAACAAUUAUUGCUACAACAGUCACGCCGAUAAAAGGCGCGACCUUGGACAUCGCCAACACUCCGAGGCUUCAGUUGAUCGUGGCUAUUGCUGUGGGUACAGACUGCAUCGACACAGACCUGGCAGCGGCGCGAGGCAUCAAAGUGGUCAACUGUCCCAAUGCCAACACGGAGACUGUGGCGAACCACGUCCUGGCCAUGUAUUUUGCAGGGCGUCGCCACCUGGUACAGCUGCAUAACACGGUGCUGAGAACCGAGGAAUGGCCCAAGAAUGCCUUGACUUAUGCACUCAAUGAUCCUAAAGGCAACCCUCCGAUAACCUGUAAGGAAGAAGUUGUAGGUAUCGUAGGCUAUGGCGCAAUUGGUCGCCGUAUCGCCGAGUUGUGUGGUUCCCUGGGAAUGAAAGUCCUCAUCGCAGCGCGAAAAGGCGCGCCAGCAAGCCCCGACAGAGCGCCAUUCACACAAGUCCUCGCCCAGAGCUCCGUGCUCGUCCUCUGCGUGCCGCGUGGUCCGGAAACGCUGGGUCUCAUAUCCGCACCAGAAUUGCAAGCCAUGUCGCAGCAUGCUCUGCUGAUUAAUGUCUCUCGAGGCGGCAUCGUCGACGAGGGUGCGCUUCUCGAAGCGCUGCGAGCCGGCUCCAUUGGCGGCGCGGCAUCAGACGUGUUUCAGCGAGAGCCGUCGGGCGCCGGACAGUUUUGGAAAGAGGGCGACAGUCCGCUGCUCAAGGUGGACGCAGCUGAAGCAGACAGACUCAAUCUCGUCGUAACUCCUCAUGUGGCAUGGUGCUCGACGACGACGUUUCACAAUUACCUCCAAGCUUUCAAGCGGCACGUCGAGAACUUUUGCGAGCAACAGAAAAGAUGA